AUGGCUGCAAAGGAGGAAGAGGUGACCCUUUUGGGAGUUGUGGGAAGCCCAUUUCUGCACAGGGUUCAGAUUGCUCUCAAGUUGAAGGGAAUUGAAUACAAAUAUUUAGAAGACGAUUUGAACAACAAGAGUGAUCUUCUCCUCAAGUAUAACCCAGUUUACAAAAUGAUUCCCGUGCUUGUGCACAAUGAGAAGCCAAUAUCAGAGUCCCUUGUGAUUGUUGAGUACAUCGAUGACACAUGGAAACACAACCCCAUCUUGCCUUCUGAUCCUUACCAAAGAGCCUUGGCUCGUUUCUGGGCCAAGUUCAUUGAUGAUAAGUGUGUGGCUCCAGCAUGGAAAUCUGCCUUCAUAGUUGAUGAGAAAGAGAAAGAGAAGGCUGCAGAAGAGUUAUUUGAGGCUCUUCAGUUUCUUGAGAAUGAGCUGAAGGGGAAGUUUUUUGCUGGGGAUGAGAUUGGCUUUGUGGACAUUGCUGCAGUGCUCAUACCUAUAGUUCAAGAGGUAGCAGGGCUGCAAUUGUUCACAAGUGAAAGAUUUCCAAAGCUGUUCCAAUGGAGCCAAGACUUUCACAACCAUCCACUUGUCAACCCAGUUCUGCCUCCUAGAGACCAACUUUUUGCCUAUUUCAAGGCUCGGGCUCAAAGCUUUGCUGCUAAAAGAAAAAAUUAG